ACUUGCAGGGAGAUGCUGCUGCGCCCGGUCUUGCGGCUGCUAGCGCUCGCUGGCGCCGCUGGCGCUGCCGACGUCUUUGCGUAUCGCACGUACGCCGAGAUGGUCGCGACGAUGAAGACGCUCAAUGCGACGUCGCCGGGCCUUGUGGACCUCUUUGUGGCGCAGGACCGGUAUGGCCUGCCGUACCCGCCCGAGCUGCAAUGCGAGGAAGAGAACGCGCCGGCGCCGUGCAAGCAGUACGUGCUGCGCAUUACGAACGAGUCGACGCUGCAGAAGGACCGGCCGCAGGUCUUCUUUAGCGGCGCGCUGCACGGCGACGAGCGUGUCGGGCCACAGGCAACGAUCGAGCUCGCGCUGCUUCUGGCGUCGUACGCUCACGCGUACGCCACCGCGCCAUCCGACGACGCCAGCGUGCUUUCGACGCAGGAGUGGAUCUGGCGCCUCGUCAACACGCGCGCGAUCUACCUCAUGCCCAUGACCAACGCGUUCGGGUACUUUCAGCACACGCGCGAAGAGAAUGGCAUCGACCCGAACCGCGACUACAACUACAAGGUCAACGGCCACUGCAUGGAGGCCAUGACAAGUCGCGCGGUGAACGAAGUCUGGCGCGAUCACUUGUUCCAGCUGGCCAUGACCUUUCACGGUGGCAUGCGCUGCGUGACAUACGAGUGGGGUUCGCCCAACCACAUGACCAGCGGCCGAAGUGAGCGAUCGCCGGACGACACGAGCCAAGUGCAGCUCGGCGAUGCGCUCGCUCGCUUUGCCGGGCCAUUCGCCGACGGCGCGUACUACCCGACGGGCACCAUGAACGACGUGGUCUAUGGUGUCUACGGCGGCAUGGAAGACUGGGCAUAUGCGGCGUCGUGGGAGAAUGCGUUGGCGGCAGAGCCCGUUUUUACGCCGUGCACGCCGUCGCAGUACGGCGGGUACCCAGCCGAGAAGACGGUCUACAAUAACGCGACCCAUCGCGCGUUUAACAUUCUCGUCGAAACCUCCAAUGCCAAGCAGCCGUCGGCGUCGAGUCUUGGCGCCAAACGUGCGAUCUACAGCGCGGAUCUUCAAGACCUCGCGAUCGCACCGGAAGGCCACGUGCCUCAAAACAUCCGCCUUGGGCUGCUCCUCAUUGAUAUGGUGCAGCCGUACGUUCGCUGGCUAGCAACCACGUCUGAGUGGAACAGAGUGGCGGCACCGACCGCAGGCUCGGGCGACGUGGUCGUCGACUGCCUCGGUGGCGACGACUGCCUCGUCUCCGCGGCGACGACCCAUCUCCGCGUGGGGUGGGAGGUUCUCGGUAGCUUUCAAGUGGAUGCAACUUUCGUCCAAGUGUCCAGCGACCCGGAAUUUCCGGCCUCGAAGACACAAACCUAUCCCUCGCACCAAGGCCGGACCCGGCGAGGGUACUAUGUCCACGCUGAGACGCCGCCGUCCGCGGGCCAGAACGCGUCGAAUGGACCGUUCUUUAUGGAUUACAUUUCACUGCCUACGAACGCAACGGCGACCGGCGCCUUGUACGUCCGCGUCGCCGCCAUGGUGGACCAGGGCUGGGCGACACAGGCCCAUCCGUCGCCACAUGUGCGCCCGCAGAGCCAUCUUGUGAACGCACGCACCGACCCCUCAUACGAAGCGACGUCGAAUGGAUACCGCAUUCGAGGCCAAACCUACUUUUACUCGACCACCAAGGCGGUGCGUGUGACGGAAGACCAAGCCGCCUCGGUGGUUGCGCGAGAGGGAUUGACCGCGGCCGCGCUGACACCAUCGGUGGUCGCGGCCAUCGGCCUUAUCUCGCUCGUCGUUGUCGUCGCGCUUGCUGUCGUGCUCGCCAAGCGCCGUCGGCCCCGAAAGGCCAAGAAGCCCCAGUACCAGCCAACUUCGGGCUCGGAAGCCGAUGCGAUGCAGAAGGAGCUCGACGAAGCCGCCGCCAGUCCAACCACCGACGUCUCGGUUUAAAAAGGUUCGCUGCACCGUCGUCGUCUACUCUACGGACCUGUCGGUUGGCCUGUCGUUCUCGUACUUGACGUAAUUGAACCGCGUAAAAACCCUGUUUUAUAAG